AUGGGGCUUUGGCUGGUUGGGUGGCGCUGGGGGCUCCCGCAGGUGCCCCUUGCUGGGGGAACGGGGGUGACUGGGGGCCACCUCACACCCGUCUCAUCCCCCCGUCGGCCGCAGCUCCUCAUCGCUCGCCGCAGAAGGACCAGCUGCUAUUUCUACCCCCGYGCGUGGCCCAGCCUCCGGAGCGCCGACUGGUGGGAACGCGUGGUCCUGAAGGAAUUUGGGCCGCAGGACUGGCUGGAGAAGUUCCGCAUGUCCAAGGAGACCUUUUUCUACGUGUGCAACCGGCUGCGGCCGGGGCUGGCGCCCCACGGCGCCCACUUCCACGCGGCGCUGCCCCUGGAGAAGCGGGUGGCCGUGGCCCUGUGGCACCUGGCCACCAACGUGGAGUAUCAGACCGUGGGCCCGCUGCUGGGCGUGGGGCCCGCCACGGUGCAGGCGUGCGUGCGCGAGGUGAGCUACGCCGUGGUGCUGCUGCUGAAGCCGCUCUACCUGCGGCUGCCCGGCGAGAAGGAGCUCGACAACAUGGUGCGCGUGUUCCGCACGCGCUGGGGCUUCCCGCACUGCAUCGGCGCCCUCGACAGCCUGCACAUCCCCAUCCACCCGCCGCUGCGCCUCAGCGCCGACUACUGCAACGGCCAGGGCUGGCACUCCAUGCUCACGCAGGCCGCCGUCGACGGCCUGGGGCAGUUCUGGGACGUCUCCACCGCCUUCCCCGGCAGCAUGGAGAACAGCGCCGUGCUGGAGAGCUCCAGCCUCUGGGUGCUGGCCAAGGAGGGCCGGCUGUGCCCCAACCCGCCCAAGACUUUCAUGGGGAAGGCGCAGAAGUACGUGCUGCUGGGCGACGCCACCUACCCCUUGCAGGACUGGAUCCUCAAGCCCUACCAGGAGGACGACAACCUCACGCAGCGGCAGCUGCAGUUCAACUACCGCCUGCGGCGCGCGCACAGCGUCAUCGAGAACGCCUUCCUGCGCCUCAAGGCUCGCUGGCAGGUCCUGCUCAAGUGCGACGACUGCAGCCUGGAGCUGCUGCCCACGCUCGUGCUCGCCUGCUGCAUCCUGCACAACGUGUGCGAGGCCCACGACAACCCCUUCAACGAGGAGUGGCUGGAGGGCACGGAGCCCAGCGAGCUGCCCAAGCCGUGCCAGCCCGCGCCCGCCUCCAUGGAGGACGGCCGGGCCGAGCAAGUGCGCGAGCUCAUGUGCCAGUAUUUCGAGACGUGCGGGGAGGGCUGA